CGACACUUUGCCUUGCAGCCUGUGCCAGAGCUCAUAUCUGACCGAGGCACGCGCACGCUGCUGAACCACAACUAAUUCCUUCGCAGUUCUCACUGCUGCCGCUUGCGUGAGGCAGAGUGCAGCGAGCGACCCAAGGCUGCAGGGUGCAGUGCAGUGCGAGAGGCGCUCUCACAAAGCGCCGUCGCCGCUGAAGAGCCGCAAGGGACCCAGCUGCCGCGCACUGCAAGGAUCUCUCACAAGCGCGACGCCGCCGAGGCGUACACAGAGCCAUGGUCACGCGCGUCGGCGCCCAGACGGCCAUUUACUGCUUGAGCGACGGCGCUAGACUCCCAGCCUGGGCCGAGCAGUCCGACCAGGCGCGACGGAAGGCCCUGAAGCGAGACGAAAAACUCGGUAGAAGGGUCGAACUCCUCCAAGGUUUAGAAUUUGAGGGCGGCGCUUCUAGAAGAAUCAAAUUCAGCGAUGAUGGACGGAUGCUCGUGUGCACGGGAGAGUACCCGCCAGCUUGUAAAGUGUUUGAGUUGUCGCAGCUCGGCCAGAAGUACGAGCGGAGGUUAGGGUGUGCUGCUGUUGAUGUCUGGCCCCUGUCGCCCGAUUUGGGCAAGAUGGUCUUCCUCUUAUCUGAUCGCACUCUGGACUUCCACGCGCCCUAUGGUACUCAUUAUAAAGUGAGAGUGCCCUCGGCUGGAAGAAGACUACUGUACGACGGCGCGAAAUGUACGCUACACGUCGCGUCCGGACAGAGAUCAGUAGCGCAUCGUUUGGACCUAGACUCAGGCACUUUCUUAUCCGAUUUGGAGGUAGGCGCUCCCUCGUCGUGCUGCGACCUCGGGAGGGGCGUGCCACUCACGGCCUUCGGCUGCGAAGAUGGGAUCGUGCGCUUCUUCGACGCUCGAACCAGUUCUAUACAACCCGUGGCUUUACUAGACGUCGGCAACGACGUCACGGCUCUGGCAUUCGAUGGCGACGGGUUGAGAAUAGCCUGCGGCACGGCCGAUGCGGAGGUGAAGUUGUACGAUCUGAGAAGUAAACGGCCUACUCUCACAAAAGCGCAUCAAAAUCUCCUACCGAUCGUCGACCUGAAGUGGCACUCGUCCUCGCGAGAGACGGCCUCGUCAUUAAUACUGUCGUCGGACGCUCGCGUCCUCAAAGCCUGGGAUUCUCGAGAUGGCAAGGUCUUCACGAACGUGGAGCCCUCUAGUCCCUUGAAUCACGUCGCCGUGGCGCCUUCAUCGGAUGAGCGAGACUCGGGACUCAUCCUGAUGGCGGGCGAACAAGCGAGGGUCAUGGCCUACUACGUCCCGGCUUUAGGGCGGGCGCCGCGGUGGUGCGCGUCCGUGUGGAAAUCAACCAGUGAGUCGUGCUGCUCAGUCGAGCGGUGAGACUCCGGCACCGCCACGCUAUCGAGCAGAGUCGCGUCGAUGGCGUGGAGGUCGACAAACGCGCCGUGAACUUUGAUGUCCACGCAGGUGCGCCUUCCUCGACUCGCUCACCGAAGAACUGGAGGAGAAGGGCCAGUCCCACUUCGAGGAUUACCGGUUUGUAUCUAGGACGGAGCUCGACGAGCUCGGUGGCGAGGCCUUCGUGGGCACGCCGCAGUUGCGAGCGCACGCGCACGGUUUUUUUAUGGAUGCUCGUUUAUAUAAAAGAUUACGCGCUGCGGCUGCCCCGUACGCCUACGACGACUACAAGAAGCAGAAGGUCGCGAAGAAGCUGGCCGAGAAGCAGGAGAGUCGUAUUCGUAGAGCUGAAGUGUUACCGGCCGUCAAUGCGGAGCUCGCUCAGAGAUUGCUUUCGCCACCAGAGGAGGACAAGCCGCGGAAGCGCGGCAAGAAGAAGUCGAAGCAGGGUCUCCCUACGCCGACGGAGGCGAAUCCCCUGGGCGACGACCGGUUUGGGGCGAUGUUCACCGACGAGCGGUUCCAGGUCGACGAGUCUACGGAGGAGUACAGAUUGAGGCAUCCUCCCGUCAAAAGUAAGAAGUAGUAUGUGUCACAAGUUAGUAUCUAUGAAUUGUCGCGUCGCGGCGAUGGCGUCCUGGUGGCGACGUCGCCUCGACGGCGUGCAGGGAGUCGG